UGUUCAUUGCACCCACUACCAUCAUUGGAAGGAACUACGAAUUGUGGAGUUGAUACAUAAUCAUUGGUCCAAAUUUUGUCUCGAUUGACAUCUAUAUCUAUAUAAUUCUCUGGAACCUUUUCUACCACCUCCCUCUUUUAGCUUUGUACAUCUAUCAGUACAUCACUUCACCACCAAUUUGUUUGCAGCAAACCUCCGUAGUACAAUCAUCAAUACAAAACAAUCCAAGUACAUGCUGCGAGACGUAGCAGAUCGUUGGGCUCGUAAAAGGUAUUUUGGCUAGUAUCCAUCUAGUCCUCUUCAUUCUUUAUUAUCAUUUCGAGGAUCUAGUCUAGCCUACUUGAAAAGGGUAUAUCUUCACAAAAAGGCAACAAAAAGUUUCUAUAUCACUUCGACAACAACACAAUUUGCAGAUCCUUAACUUUCAAGAUGCACAUCAAAGACAUGCUCUCGGAGGCCGAAAGGUCGGGCAACCCCUCUUUCUCUUUCGAAUUUUUCCCACCCAAAACUGCUCAAGGUGUACAAAAUCUUUACGAUCGUAUGGACCGCAUGCAUGGGUUAGGGCCUAGUUUCAUUGAUAUUACCUGGGGUGCAGGUGGCCGUCUCGCUCAAUUGACCUGUGAGAUGGUAGGAGUGGCUCAAUCGCAAUAUGGAUUGGAGACUUGCAUGCAUUUAACUUGUACCGACAUGGGAAAGGAGAAGGUCGAUGAAGCUCUCAGAAAUGCCUACAAAGCUGGGUGCACGAACAUUCUUGCUCUUAGAGGAGAUCCACCAAGAGAAAAGGAAAAGUGGGAGGCAACUGAAGGAGGAUUUCAAUAUGCGAAAGAUCUUGUUCACCAUAUUCGUCAAACAUACGGCAAUCAUUUUGAUAUUGGAGUUGCUGGAUAUCCCGAGGGUUGCGAUGAUCAGGACGAUGAAGAUCUGUUGUUAGAUCAUUUAAAGGAGAAAGUUGACGCGGGUGCCACUUUUAUUGUCACACAAAUGUUCUACGAUGUCGACAAUUUCAUCGAUUGGUUAGGAAAAGUCAAAGCAAGAGGUGUCAAUGUUCCUGUCAUCCCAGGAAUUAUGCCCAUUAACACAUACGCAAGUUUCCUUCGAAGAUGUAACCAUAUGGGGUGCAAGAUCCCACCAAAGUGGAGUGCAGCUCUCGAAGAGGUCAAGAAUGAUGAUGCCGCUGUGCGAAACAUCGGAAAAGAUCUAGUUGCUGAGAUGUGCCGUCGAAUUCUUCAAGCUGGAGUGCAUCAUCUACACUUCUACACCAUGAAUUUAGCUCAGGCAACUCGUAUGGUGCUCGACGAACUUCGUUUGACUCCAUCAAAUCAACGUCCACUGAAGCAUGCACUUCCAUGGAGACAAUCUCUUGGCCUUGGUCGUAGAGAGGAAGACGUUCGUCCAAUUUUCUGGAAAAACCGAAACAAGUCUUAUGUGGCUAGAACCCAGGACUGGGAUGAAUUUCCUAACGGUAGAUGGGGAGACUCGAGAUCUCCUGCUUUCGGUGAAUUGGAUGCUUAUGGAAUCGGGUUGAAGGGCAGCAAUGAACAGAAUAUUAAGCUCUGGGGUCAGCCUAAGUCUAUCAAAGAUAUCGCGGAACUCUUCGUUAGUUAUCUUGAAAAUAGCAUAGAAAGUCUUCCUUGGAGUGAAGCUCCAAUCUCAAGCGAAGCAGAUGUCAUUAAGUCUGAUUUGAUCGAGCUCAAUCGACGUGGAUUUCUUACCAUCAACUCUCAGCCUGCUGUUGAUGGUGUCAAGUCAUCUGAUCCUGUUUAUGGUUGGGGACCUACCAAUGGUUAUGUCUACCAGAAAGCUUAUUUGGAACUUUUGGUCGCUCCUGAUAUGAUGCCAGAGUUAGUGCGUCGUAUUCAACAAGAACCCGAUCUGACUUACUAUGCUGUUAAGAAGACUGGAGAUGUGCAAACAAACGCACAAAGUGAUGGGCCAAAUGCUGUCACUUGGGGAGUAUUUCCUGGUAAGGAGAUUGUUCAACCUACUAUUGUCGAGACUAUUAGUUUCUUGGCAUGGAAAGAUGAGGCAUUUCGUCUGGGAACAGACUGGGCUCAUUGCCAUUCUGCACUUAGCCCUAGUCGUGGACUCAUUGAAUCCAUUAUGGAUUCAUGGUAUCUUGUCAAUAUUGUUCACAACGACUUCCAUAAGUCACACGGGCUCUUCCCACUUUUCGAUGGGCUCACUGUAAAGAAUCUCAACGAACCUUUCGAAACUUCCCAGAAUGGUGACGUUGAUGGUGUACGAUUUAUCGAACCCGAAACCGUCCCACUGACAAACGGAGAGGCCAAUGGCCAUUAAUACUUUCAACAUGAUUAUACUUACUUAAACUUUUUCAACACGAUUUUACGAUUCAACAUGCAUGAGGAUGGGUUCACAAUGGUUUUAUGGCAUUUAACAUUGCAUUUAGCGCUGGUGUUUAUGGGCAAACUUCAACAAGUUUGGCGUUCAAAAAGGGAUCUCAACGAUCUCUAAUAUGGAAUGAAAGGGAAUGGGUGGGGGUUUAUAAAAGCAACGGCCAAUAUUUUUUAAUGGAAUGGGGCACGUACUUGGACGGACUUGUGAUAUCAUUGCCUUCAACGGCGCUUUUAUAGAUGAGCGAUUCGUUAGUGUUUAUUAUUGCAGACAGCUUCUUUCGAGAUAUUGGUGUUGAAAUACAUGAUAUAUCGAAUUAAUUGAAGAUUUGUUUUUUUUGCAUA